UGGACAUUCACCUUUUCCUUGGAAAUCAUGCAAAACCAGAGUUUUGUAACUGAAUUUGUCUUCCUGGGACUUUCACAGAAUCCAAAUCUUCAACAACUAAUAUUCUUUAUAUGUCUAGUUGUCUACAUUGCGACUAUUGGGAGCAACAUGAUGAUUGUGGUAACUGUUGUCUGUAGCCCCGCACUGCUGGGUUCUCCCAUGUAUUUCUUCCUGGCUUUCUUGUCUUUACUGGAUGCAAGCUUCUCCUCUGCCAUGACACCCAAGAUGAUUGUAGACUCUCUCUACAAGAGGAAAACCAUCUCCUUUGAAGGAUGCAUGAUACAACUUUUUGUUGAACACUUCUUUGGUGGGGCUGAGAUGAUGCUUCUGACAGCCAUGGCCUAUGACCGCUACGUGGCCAUUUGUAAGCCCUUACAUUACUCUUCCAUCAUGACCAGGAAGCUCUGUGGCACUCUGGUGGGGGUGGCCUGGGCAGGAGGAUUGUUACAUUCUACUGUACAAAUUAUCUUCACUUUGCAGCUACCAUUUUGUGGACCCAAUGUUAUUAAUCACUUCAUGUGCGACUUAUUUCCAUUACUGGAGCUUGCCUGCACUGACACUCACAUCUUUGGCCUUUUCGUGGUUGCCAACAGUGGGUUGAUCUGUAUCAUAGUCUUUGUUUUGUUGCUUGUCUCCUAUGGUUUUAUCUUGCUGUCUUUGAGAUCCCAGAGUUCUGAAGGGCGGUGGAAGGCUCUGUCUACUUGUGGGUCUCAUAUUGCUGUUGUGGUCUUGUUCUUUGUCCCAUGUAUAUUUAUAUAUGCAAGGCCUCACAGUGCUUUCUCCUUUGACAAAAUGGUAGCAUUAUUUUAUACCAUGCUAUCCCCGUUGCUUAAUCCUAUCAUUUACACUUUUAGGAAUAAGGAUAUGAAAAAUGCCAUAAGGAAAUUGUGGAAGAAAUUGGUAAUGGUAUCAGAUGAAAGAUAA